UCAUCCGCACUCCCUACAUAAUCUUAGCACGGUAUGUAUCUUCUCUGCUCCAGUAGCCCUUCCACGACACCGCCGUAGAGAUUUGCCCACUCCUCUCUCUCUCUCGCUCUCCCUCUCCCAUUUAAGAUCUACAUACUCAAGUGCAGUGUAGUUCUCGAGAAUCUGACGAUAUGUUCAGUAGUUUCUCCAAUUUUAUGCUGGAUGUCUAGUUCAAUCCUGUAGAUCAGGUUCAGGCACUGUUGCACUAGCUCUCUCCAACUUCUUGGAACAGGUGCAGAUUCAAUGCGGUGAAGAUUUGUUCGAGCUAAAUCUGGAGGUUCUGGACAGGCUGCGAUCGAUUGGUGCGCGGAAGGAGAGAGUAGAUUCCGGCCUCGUAACAAGACUCGGCGUGGUCAUCUCUCUGGAGUCUCGUCACUUGGCGUGUUGAAACUGAACUGCACAGUGGAUUCGUAGGUCUUAGAGGGUCACACAUCACAGGUUUGUAGCGGUAGUUGUGACCGAGUAGUAGUUCAUGACUAGGUAGGGUGCGAAGGUGCGACGAAGGAUUUUCAUGAAGCUGGAAAUAGUCUGUCUUCAGGUUUCUGAUUUCAACUCCUAACAGUUGUCACUGUAGAAAGUUUUUUGCGAUCGUCGCUCGUGUGUGGAGGAUUGUAUCGAUUUCGAAGAGUCGGUGAGGAUGGCAACCAAGGUGGCAAACAACUCGGUUGCCAUUGCUAUGGCUUUUGCAGGUCGCUCCGCGCGCGCUUGCGAUGUGUGUGCCACCAAGGGUGCUCACUGGUUCUGCGCAGCUGACGACGCCUACUUGUGCACCGCCUGCGACACCCAGGUUCAUUCUGCGAAUGCACUCUCUCUCCGUCACGAAAGGGUCCGUCUCUCACCGAAUGGAACCCCCUUGAAAUCCAAAGCAUCUAAGGAGGAGGAAAGAUGUGGUGACCAUCACCACAAGUCGAAGAAGCAACAUCCAUCUCCGGCGCAGGUUCUGCCUUCGCGAAAACGGCCAAGAACAAGCAGGCCUUACUCCCAGCACUUGAAGAGGCUGACCCAGAUAUCAUCUCAAAUGGUCCACAAGGUUGUCAAGUCCGAGGAUAAUUCAUUUGCGGCAAAAGCCGAGUUGGAGUCGUUCGAUUUCCUCGAGACAGAUGAAUUCCUUAACGACGGAAAUCAGGAGGUUCCGUCACUGUCCCCAGCGGCAGAGCAAGAGUCAUCUCCUUGCUCCUCUGACUUCGAAACUUUGUCGUUUGACUAUGAAUUCCAAGCCGGAGAUCACUCGGCUUCAGCAGACUCAUUUUCUGGCUUUUUCAAGGGAAAGGCAGCGCAGACUCACAACGUUCUUGACGAUGGGGACCAAUUUCUUGUCCCCGAUACAUUCAACUUCACUCUCGAUGCCGAAAUGCCGGACUCUACCGCAGCGGUCCCUGCCGACAGCAACAUUGAUCUUGCAGGAGACGCAUUCUUUUUCCCGGGUGACAUUCCUGGACUGGACGGAUUUGAGAGCUUCGUGCCCGACAUGAACAUCAGUGACGAUUUCAGUAUGACUUUCAACCUUGCACUUCAAAAUGGUGUGGAGGCCUUUGAGGGAGAUGCGGUGGCCACCACAGGUUCAGCACUGGAGGCUUGUCAGCUUGGACCAGAGCCCGACCGGUUCAUCACUGGCCCGUUUGCCAGGUUUUUCGCUCAGAAGAUGAAAGCUAAGUUGUCGGAGCCGAUGUGUGCGGAGAGGAUCAAGAGCGAAGCGAAGGAGAUGCUCAGGUGCUGCCGUGAAGGAGAAGACGAAGCCCAGAGAGUACCAACGUUGCAAUUGAACUUGGCCGAUGUGCUCACUGCCUGGUCUAACCGAGGAGAGCCGUGGAUCGACUACAGGAUGCCGCAACUAGCCCCAUCCGAAGACUCCAACUCUUCUGGCAGCGACGUCGGGCUCGUUCCCGACAUGGAUGCUGCGACCGUCGAUGACAUCCUGAGUGCUGGAGACCGCGACGCCAGAGUGCUCCGCUACAAGGAGAAAAGACGAACUCGCCUCUUCUCGAAGAAGAUCCGGUACGAAGUGCGCAAGCUUAAUGCGGAGCGACGGCCCCGCAUGAAGGGGCGAUUUGUCAAGAGGACAGCCCUGUGUGCGUAACCACUCAACUUAAUCUGUCGACAUGAAUCAGUUAUCGUGUAACAUCACCACUCAUCUAUCGCUAUCCAUGUUUUCUGGAUCAACCAGCUGUGCUCAGGUGGAGUUGGCCCUUCUUGUAGUUAAGUUUGGUAUAUCAACCAACAGGUUGUCAUCCGGAUGUGACAUCCCCUACGCUAGCAGUUGUGGGAGCAGCAUCGCACAGGUUCCUGAGGUUGCUUGGAUGACUUCCAAGUUGAUAUCCGAGAUGAUAUCAGCCGAAAUUUUGACCCCUUUUGCGGAAGGUUUUGCGAAGUUGUAUUUGAAGGUGGAGGUUGCCGCGGCGUCGUGUAUCAUAAAGUUUUUCUUUGCUGUGUUCUGAGUGUGAUAGCUUUGUCAAGAUAAAAAAUAUCGAAGGUGAAGGUUUACAAGAAAUUUUGCUGUGCCCCAUGAGUAGUGUAUGGGAGCAGCAGUGAACCUUUUUUGCCACCCUGCGGUGGUUCAAUCUAGUAGUCAAGUCACAUGCAGAUUCACGUGGUACCGCACCUCACGUGGUUUUUGAAGGUGUGUCCGCAUCGACCAUAGCGUUCCCAAUGGUUUAGUUUCAAUUUUGGCUCCGAACUGGAGUUUCAAUUCUGAUAGGGAUGAAUAGAGGUGUUUGAUCUUUUAUCUGUGAAAUCUGCUUUUGCAGUGUUGAGCAUAAAGCCGAUCUUCUGUCUGUUGAAAACAAUUCUGAUUUGUUUUGAACAUGGUGAUCGCUUCUGCAACAUGCACUUGUCCAAAUGUA